AUGAGCCACAAUGAAAAACUGAAGUUUCGUGGUGAUGAUGAAGUGCUUAAGGAACUGUGCAAGACCAAUGGCAUAGCUUAUGACAAAAUUGCACAUGAAGGAACAUCUGUCAACUCUCUGGAGAUAUUCUUCUCUGAUUUCCCACGCAUGGUUGGACUUUCAUUUUUCCCCAGACUUUGUCAGUUGACUAUAGUCGGCCAGAGCUUGGAGAUCAUUGAAGGCUUGGAGGGCUGUCCAAUGCUCCGUGAGCUCUGGGUAGCUCAGUGCCAUGUUAAGGAUAUUACUGGCCUAGAGAGCUGUUUACAACUGAAGAAACUUUAUCUUUAUGAUAAUCAAAUUAGCAAGAUACAGAAUUUGCAAAGGCUGGUCCAUCUACAAGUCCUGUGGCUCAACAACAACUGCAUCAGUGAGAUACAGGGGCUUGACAACCUUGAACAACUCAGAGAAUUAAAUUUAGCUGCCAAUUGCAUUGAAAUGAUUGGGCGUCUGUUGGAGCCUAAUGUUAAUCUACAAAACCUCAACCUAUCCGGAAAUCGAAUUAAAUCAUUUAAGGAACUGACCCACCUUGCUCAUUUACCACAACUCACAGAGCUAGCCCUCAACGAUCCAACUUCAGGUCCUAACCCAGUUUGUCUGCUGUGUAACUAUGCAACACAUAUUCUGUAUCACAUGCCUGGCCUCCUUUGCCUUGAUACCUAUAGUGUGUCAAACAGCCAAGUCAAGGAAGUUGCUGAGUCUACUGUACUAAAGAAAAUGAUGUAUUACAACAUGCGUGUGCGCACGGUUCAGAGGAUGCUGGCAGAGACCGUGCACAAACUGGCAGAGAAAAAGCAAACUGUGCUGCAGAUCCCUGAAGAAAGAAUCAGAACGUUAACCUAUUCAUUCAAAAAUCUGGAGCGAGAGCUCUCACGAUUGGCUGGUGACAGCAAAGUAUCUACAGGACUCAGCUCAGAGGAAGCCCCGUCUGUUAGAGUACACUCUGAAGGUCAAAAUAAUGGCAUCAGUCUAGAUUCAAAUUUGGAAGAAGGAAUUCUCCUGAAAAUGACCUCAAUAAGAGAGAGACUGGCACUGUGGGGCAAAAAGAUGGAUGAAGUGGAAGCACUCCAUGAGCGAGAGGUUGCUCAUGUUAGAAGCUGUGUGGAAUAUGCAAUCCAGUUUCUCUUGAUGGAGCUAGAAAGUGUUGGAAACAUUCGUUUUGAGGAAGGCUGUUCCGCCAACCCCUGGUUUUCUAUCUGCUGUGACCUCCUUCAUUUGCGCUUCUGUCACUCAGAUUACAGGGCCUAUGAUGUUACUGGAGUAAAAAUAAACAAAGUGAUUCGUAUUCACAACACUGCUCUGAGGCUUCGGUUUGAAGAGAAACUGCAGAUGCUGCUCAAUGAUGAAUCAUCAUCUCUUCCCCAGAAUUACAGACAAAGACUGGAAUACUUGUUCUAUGUCCCUAACCCAGCAAAAGUCCCUGAAAAGGAGGACCUUUUGCAUAUUUUAGAAAAUGGCUUUAAAACUGCUGAACAAUUUAAGGCUCUAGGAAGAGAAGAGGCUAUUCCUUUGUCCAACAGCCUGUAUUUCAGUGAACAGUAUCGGAUUGAGAGCGCAAUGUCUGACACCAGUCACAGUUCUUUCCAUAUUAUGGAUGAUAGCCUUCUCUGUCAUGGCUGGGUUAUACUUUCCAAAGUAUUUCUUGGAAACAGCACACCAAUAAGAAAUGGUGAAUCUGUGGAAAAAAACAACUACCCCACAGCCCAUUCUGUGUACCUAAACACUGGCACAAAAAACAAAACAACCACCAAAGAAGUGCCUAGCUCUCCCAGAGCACACGGAUCUGAGUCCUGUCGUCAAGACAGAAAAUGGUUCAUAUUUGACAAUGAACUUGUUCUACCAGAGUACAUCAUAUAUUUUGAAUAUGUCACUACGAAUCAAGAAAAGACUAACCAUAUGUAUAACACAGAGAAAAAUAGUACUUCUCCCAGUGAGAUAGUUGUGGACAGGGAAGUGCUCAAUAUGGAGCCAGUGCUGAAGGCACAGCCCAAACUGUUGAGCAGGGAUGAGAAGAUGCUGCUAAGUGUGACUCAGGCAAAUAUGUCCAGUCAGAUAACUGUGCUGAACUUGCAUGGCAACAGUCUGAGCAAGCUGAAGGAAAUUAGUCGCAUUUCAACUCUCAGGCACCUCUGUAUCAGCUUUAAUGAAUUCACACGGCUGGAUGACAUUCGCAGCAUGCAUAAUCUUGAGUUUUUGGAUGCCAGCUUUAAUCGCUUGGUUACCCUCGAAGGAAUGAAGAACUUGCCAAAGCUCAGAGACCUUGAUGUGCGGUGGAACAAGCUGACCAGGGCCAGAGAAGACACAAUGGUUCUGAUGAAACACACACCCGUUCUAUUAAGACUGGACACAAGACACAACCCAUGGAAAAGGGCAAAGUCAGUUCGAAAGAUCAUAUUGGCUGGUUUGAAGUCACUCACACGCCUGGAUGAUGAACUCAUCACUGAAGAGGAAGCUACUGAGGCUGUUGGAGCUGCAGAGACAAGAAUCACACAGACUUGUCUUUUAGUGCACUCCUCUACAAAUGCUGAACGCCCACGAAGCCUCAGUCUGCUUUCUACAGCCCACUUCUUGUGCGAACUCAGUCACAAUAUGUGGAACAGUCUUCAGCCAGACUGGAUGUCUAAGAUAACAGCUCUGAACCUUGAUGGCUUGAGGAUUUCAAAGCUGUCUAACCUUAAUGGACUAGUAAACUUGCGCUGGGCCUCCUUUAAUGAUAACGACAUUGCCGAAGUGGAAGGACUUGACUGCUGUCUGAAGUUAGAGGAACUUUCACUAAAUGACAACAACAUCACUACUGUAACUGGUCUAUUGAAACUCACUUCUUUAAAUAGACUGAGUUUGGAUGGAAAUCAACUGACUUCACUAGAACCUUUGGUUUUGGAGCAGCUGUCCAGCCUCACUUUUCUCUCACUGGACAAAAACCACAUCACUUCUCUCCAUGGGAUUCAGAGAGUCCGAUCACUUUUGGAGCUGUACAUCGGCAACAACCACAUAUCUACAACUCUGGAUAUCUUUUAUCUGAAGGGAUUAACAAAUCUCAUCAUUCUGGAUUUGCAUGGAAAUCCACUGGUUGAGAAAUUGGAAAAUUAUCGCAUUUAUGUAGUCUUUCAAAUAUCUUCGUUGAAAGCUUUGGAUGGCAUCGCUGUGGAAGAAACUGAAUGUAAAAAUGCAAAGGGCAUGUUUAGUGGGAGAUUAACAUCGGACAUGGUGUUUGAGAAGCUGGGCCAUUCAAAGUACUCUGAAAUUACAAAUCUUUCUAUGGUGUCCAACUCCAUAAGAAUGGUUGAUUUGUCCCCAGCUGACUUGUUUGACGCCCUGCAACAUAUAAAUCUGGACCACAACAACCUCACCUCCUUCUCUGGCCUCAUCUACCUGCCUAAUAUAAAAUCUCUUAGUCUGAACUACAACCACAUUGAGUCCAUCUUGCCACGACGGAAGGCCCAAGCUCACCUGACAAAACGACAGCUUCUGCACAACAAAGUUCACUCCAGUGGUUACGGCCAGCAGAGACAGACCAAGAGCAACGGGGAAGCUGUACCCUUUGGCAGCCUGGAGCCGCUGAUGGGGAGUCUGGAGGAGCUGCAUUUGAGUCACAAUGGCAUCUCCAAUAUGGCCAAUCUUCAGCUCAGCAGGCUCACCAAUCUGAAGGCACUCUUUCUUCAAGGUAAUGAGAUCAGCCAGGUAGAGGGACUGGAAGGACUCCACCUUCUCAGAGAACUAGUGCUGGACAAAAAUCUAAUCAAAGUCUUUUCCGAGAACUCUUUUACUGGGCAGGGUGCACUUUUAGAACUUUCCCUGUCAGAGAACCGUGUCCGCGAGCUCAGCCACCUGGAGCACCUGACAGAGCUACGGAAGCUCUCCCUAGACUCCAACAAGCUGCAGGAUACUGCAGAGUUGGAGAAACUAGAAGCCCUCCCUUCACUGACAGAACUUUGUGUGACCGGCAACCCUGUGGCCCGUAGCUCUGUGUACAGAGCAGCCGUGGUUCUGCGCCUGUCACAGCUGCAGAUUCUGGAUGGAGUAGUCAUAACUGUAGAGGAGAGGACCAGAGCCGAGCUGCUCAACACAGAGUCCUCGCCAUGCCCACAGUUCAGCACUGAGAUAAACCUGUCCGGACUGUUGCCACUUAUGUCACGCAACACUUUAAGAACCAUAACCACCAUGAGCGGAGGGCUGCAGAACCUCAUCCAAGGACAGGACAGUUCAUUGACUGCUGCAGAUGAGACCCCACAGCAUCUCAGCUACAAAUCCAUCCCAGAUAAGAAGCACAAAACACAGUAA